CUCUCUCUCUCUCUCUCUCUCUCUGUGUCCAAACACCAUCUUGUGGACCGAAAAAAAGACUCUUUUUGCCUAUGCUUCUCACUCAUAUAUCAUCAGCUAAGAAACCCCUCUUCUCGAGCUUUGAAUAUUCCUUGCCCAGAUUAGAUUUUGAUACUUGAACUUCGAGAAAAUGAAGGGAAUUAUCAAGGGAAAGCUGUUAAAGAAGCUCAAGUCGAUUCGACCUAUUGGGUAUCUGAAAGUACCUGAUCGAAUUCUUCAAGUAACUGCAUUAUCAGAAGAGCAUGCUGAGCCUAUUCCGAUUAAUCAGUAUCUUGAAGUUCAGACAGAGUUGGUCUGCAAUGAAUUGAAGCCGAAGAAGGCAAUACAGAGCGGUGUGAUAGCGCAAGAGCCUGACAUUAUCGAUGUGGCAGAGCUUAUGAGAGACCUUGAAGAGGAUUUUGACGAGGAUUUGGACAACAAAGAGAACAUUGUGCCGCCAAUGGAAGCAGAAGACCCGGUGUCUUUCCAUAAAAAAGAGAACUUACUGAGAUCGGAGCCCGAAUUCAGGAAGAACAGAGCUUUGGAACCGUCGGAAUUGGGAACUGAUAUAUGCCGACAAACCCCUUUAUCGGAGAUUGACAUCUCGUCUUUCCGGCGGCCGGACUUGAACUCCAGCAGCCUCUUCGACCCAAACCUACUUGCCGCCUUUGAGAAAGCGAUGAAAGAGCAUAUUCGAAUUAGUGAACCAGAGAAAAUAGCCAGAAUCGAGCAAGAGAGCCUUGAAAAGAAAGAAGAAGAAGACGAGGAGCCCCCGUUAAAAGCACGUCGCGUGGAGGAAGACGACCCGCUUUUAGGCUUCGAAGAGAAGUGCCCGCAGGGGGGUAGAGACUCGGUAAUCUUCUACACGACGACGCUUCGAGGGGUAAGAAAGACGUUCGAACAAUGCCAAAGCAUUCGUUUUCUUUUAGAGAGCUUUCGGGUACUAUUCUACGAGCGGGACGUGUCGAUGCAUAUGGAGUUCAAAGAAGAGAUGUGGGGGCUUUUGGACGGCAAACCACUUCCUCCGAGGCUUUUCAUAAGGGGGAGAUAUAUUGGCGGAGCCGAAGAGGUUUUGACAUUGCAUGAGCAAGGGACGUUCCGGCCGCUUUUUCAAGGGGUCCCGAUGGAUAAUUCCAAUGGUGCGUGUGAAGGGUGCGCCGGAGUCCGAUUUGUGCUCUGCUUCAACUGCAAUGGCAGCCACAGAGUCGUUGACGAUGAUGGACAGUCGAAUAUGUGCGAAGUGUGUAAUGAGAAUGGCUUAAUUAUAUGCCCCUUUUGCUGCUGAAAAAGCAUUUGGGAUUGCUAUAUAAUUUCUUGUGUAUCUAUUACAAUUUGAGUGCCUACUUUUGUUUUUGUA